GCACUCUGGAUCAUUGCAUUUUUGAAGUGGAGAGAACUGGAAGCUCUUAACACAAAUCUACGUUUACUGCGUAAUUUAUAGGCUAUGGCGUUAUUUUUAGACCAAUCGUUCGAACUAGUUAAGAAAAUAAGCCUGGAGACUGAAAGUGACUUUAUUUUGAACAAAAACACGGUCCAUUAUUCAGAUGUCACAGCCGAACAAACGUCGUCCUCGUCUGAAGUGGAAAGAAAUAACAACCCAGACGGCCAGAGGAAAAGAAAAAGGACCAUCUUCAGCCGCGCGCAGCUGUCAGAACUUGAGCGCGCGUUCGUGGUGACUCCGUACCCAGACAUCACCCUGCGCGAGAGCCUAGCCGCGCUCACGUUACUGCCCGAAAGCAAGAUUCAGGUGUGGUUUCAAAACAGACGAGCGCGCAGUAUGAAAAGUAAAAAGCUGUCCAGACCAGUCAGGAGUCCAGCAAGAGCGGUUUCCUCCAACCAUGUAACUUCCAUUCCACAGAUCAACCCCGGUUUGACCUCCGAACAGAGAGAAAGACCUGACAGAUAUCAAACAGCGAGCAGGAGCCCUGGUCACCAUCAGCACACCUUCAGACAAGCACUGAGUCCCUGGUCUCAAAACCUCCCCCAUCAAGCACCUCCGCCCAUCUCUCCGGGCCUCCCUGGAGUCCUGCCCUGGGGAAACAGACACCCUCAUACAUCUGCAUCUUUCUCAUCCGACAGACCGGCUCAGCAUCCGUUCCAAAAUCAGUCAGACUGUCUCUGGCAGAUGAACUGCUUCACGUCUCCUGAGGAGUUUUCAGGCCAUCAGUUGAAGUCAUAUUGUAGCUCCAGUCAGUCCAUUUACAGUUGUAUGUCUGAGGAGCAAGUGAUCUCUGCACAUCAGGCCUGUAUGGAAGGAACUGUACACCGACAGAGUCAAGCCGUCAUUCACUAUCCUCAGACAUCACUGGGAGAUAUUUCUGAACUUAUUUAUAGUGCAGCCGUGGUCACCAACCUGGAAGACUGCUGA